AUGGGUGAUCUCCAAGUGUGGUGUGGGUGCCAAAACGGCGUUGCGAUGGAGGAUGACCAGUUCUUUUCGUCUAAUUCACUGCCAAUGGCUUCUUCAAAUCCUGAUCCUUCAUCAAUCUGCAAGAAUUGUUGGGCUGUAGCUGAAGAAACGACGCAAGAGGUGGUGAAUCGUAUCCACCCCACUUUGGACUCUGAGGAAAAGAGGAAGGACGUGAUUGAUUAUGUUCAGAGACUCGUCAGAACUUCUCUUGUUUGUGAGGUUUUCCCUUAUGGAUCAGUUCCACUGAAGACCUACCUUCCUGAUGGAGAUAUUGAUUUGACGACCCUUAGCAGUCCAAAUAUUGAGGAACGUUUGGCCUUUGAUGUUCUUGCUGUUCUGCGGGCAGAAGAACUGAAUGAAGAUGCCGAGUAUGAAGUAAAGGAUACCCAAUUCAUUGAUGCUGAGGUUUUUGUUCAGUCUGAUCUAUUCUUGUCUUUUUCACUUAAUUGGUUUAAUAUAUGCCUCAUUCUUCAGAGGUUUGUUUAG